AUGCAAACAGCGCUCUUCUAUGUAAUUAAGAAUGAGAAAGGGAACUUGUUAGGAAAAGAAACAGCGAUUUUAUUAGAUGCUCUUCUGAUUGGGUUGAACAUGGCGAUGGCAACCAAUUUUGUUACUCUGGGUGAACUCUGGUCCAGCCACGUUGAAAUGGAGGAAGAAGAUGAAGCGAUAUUUUCCAGAAUCAAGGUCUUAAUAGAGAACCAUCUGCCAGACGGCUGGAGAGACUGGAAGGUGAUUGACUGGAAGAAAGAAGAUCUAUUUGGGAAAAAGAUAGACCACAAAGUAUUGAACAAAAUUCGCUUCGCCCUCCCCACAUUGGAACUGGUGAAAGCAUUCUACCCAGAAGCAACAUCGGUGGGAGAGAAAACCUACCGAAAUAUAAAAUUGAGGCUUCUCAACUGGAACCUCUGUAGAGCAUUGAUCAUGAGCCCACGGCAGGUAGCGUGUCAGUUAUGA